AUGAUGCGGCCGCGGCGGUCGUCCGGGGCGAGCGAAUCCAGCGCUGGAACAGCUCGCCCCGAGCAGGAGCUCGGCAGCAUGUACGACUACCUGGCCAAAGUCAUACUGCUGGGACCCAGCGGCUCGGGCAAGUCGUGUCUGCUUCACCGGUUUGUGAAGAACGAGUGGAGGGUGCUGUCGUCACAGACCAUCGGCGUCGAGUUUGCAACCAAAAUCAUCAAGGUCGGGAGCGGGGCGAGACGGAAGCGGAUAAAACUUCAACUAUGGGAUACAGCAGGCACCGAGCGCUUUCGAUCGGUCUCGAGGUCGUACUAUCGCGGAGCGGCGGGUGCGAUCCUCGUCUACGACAUUUCAUCGCACAUGUCCUUCCGAGGCCUGCAGCCGUUCCUCAACGAUGCGCGGGCGCUGGCGUCCCCUCAUCUGAGCGUUUUGCUGGUGGGCAACAAGUUGGACUUGGCUUCCGAGAACCUCAUCGAUACAAGCUUGCCUCCUCCGACUCCAAGCAGCGUGGGCUCCGUGGCGACUGUGACGGCGGGCGCCAAUGGCAGCGUCUCGUCUUCGUACAGAGACCAUGCCAACCCGAUCGGGGCGGGCACGCAGCAGAGAGCUACCGAGGCGCCGGAGGGCCGCGAGAUAUCAUCUGCCGAGGCGAGUCGGUGGGCGAGCACCGUGGGCAUUCCGGUCGUGACAGAAGCAAGCGCCUUGAAUGGAGAAGGCGUGGACGAGAUCUUCAACCGAUUAGCGAGGAUGAUCCUGACCAAGAUUGAGUUGGGCGAAAUCGACCCGGACGACCCCAUGAGCGGCAUCCAAUACGGAGACGGCGGCGGCUGGAACACGGCUAGCGACGGAGGCAGCAUCAAGAGCUCCGUUACGGGCGGCACACUGGAUGAGAGUCUAAGCGGCCCGCGGAGGCGCAGACGAGGCAGACGAACCCAGAACUGGAACCUAAGGGAGUGGGAAGAGGUCUUUACGCUCAGCAGCCGCCGGAGGGGCCGAGGAUGCUGCUGA